UCGAGCGUUGAAACACGUCCGUGCUUCAAGGUCCGUGAAAAUUGAUCGAUCAUUAUUUUUCUUACCACCGUCGUACAGUUUGUAUCGAAACCUCCGUACGAACCGUGAACAUCGAUCGACCAGUGCAACGAUUAUUCACCGUCAGAGGACUCUGAUCGUUUAAUUUUGACGCCAGUGUGUUCGAAAUUUUGAGCCAACGGAAAUAUAGGUGGAAGAUUGUUGACCUGGACAACGCUGGAAAAAGAAACCUUGUUAGUUGAUAUGAUGAAGUGUACGAGAAAGGAAGGAAACUCUGACAAGAGGAAGAAAGUGGUGACUUAAGAGACCCACAGCUAAAAAAAUUACGUAAACCUCAGCUCGAAGUCAGGUUCAAAAUUCCACGGACAAAAGUAGACAAAAGGUUCUUUAACUCCAAUGGUCAUUUUUCAAACGAUCAUUACAAUGAUAAUGGAUCAGCUUAUUUUCCAAGUCAACGUUUGACGAACGAGUAUUCCGGUACCACGAAAAUUCUGACGCGAAUUGCCCCUACAAAUUAACAAGAAAAAGAGACUCAGGCAAACAGACAUCGAGGCAGAAGAGGGAGAGCGUGUUCGUUCGACGAUGUUACCGUCUUCGACGUCCGAUAGCUCGUCCGAUAACAAGCGCUACCAGUGUUGCUUCAAGAUCGUCGCUGUCGUCAGAUAGAAAACACGGAUCUGCGAACCGAACACGAUAAAACGAAAAGAUGAUCGGUCUGAUCGAUCGACUGGUCGUUCUACUGAUCGUCAGCGGGCUCUGCGAUUGCACCGUGGGAUACAACGUGUUGUUGGCCACCAUGGGUGGCACCAAAUCGCACACGGUGCCGUUUGUGGCUCUGGGGACCAGUCUCAAGGCGAGGGGACACAAUGUCACGCUCUUGAGCGCGUUCACCGGACCUGCGGCGAAUAAUGGCCUACAGGAGUUCGUUCCUCCCAUAUUCGAGGCAUACGUGGGGAAUUACACGUCAGAAUGGGAUCUGGUAGGUGCAAGAUUCCGUGAUGAAAUGCCUGUCUCUCCGUGGGAUGCAAUGCGAUAUGCCUGGGAGGCUUGCGAGUCGCUUCUCCGCGAUGAGGUAUCGGUCUCUUCUUUGAGAAAACCUGAAGGUAAUCCUCAUGCUCGCUGGGACGUCGUCGUUGUGGAUGGAGCCUUUCCAGAGUGCCUUCUUGGCAUUCUUCAUGGGGAAAAUAUUCCAACUAUUAUGCUGAACACGGUGGCUUUGUAUAGUGGUUCGAUUAGUCGGCAAGGAAACCCAUCGCCAUGGUCUGUCACGCCCUACUUCGGAAAAUCCUUGACACAGGAUAUGAACUUCCUUCAAAGGAUCCUGAACGCCGCCUGCCUCGUCUCGUUGAGGAUAAUGCACUGGAUCAUGGUCAGCGGAUACCUGCAACCGAUCCUGAGAAAAUAUUUAGGAGACCAAGUACCGGACGUACGAGACCUGACCAGAGAGAUUCCAUUGACCUUGCAAAACAGUCACUACAGCGUGGCUGAUUCCGUUCCGUACUUAGCGAACGUUGUCAACGUCGCCUGCCUCCAUUGCCAACCUGCCACACAACUGAGCCCCGAUCUGGAGACAUUUUUACAACGCGGUUUCAUAUUCGUUUCUAUGGGAUCGUCGGUCCGCGCAUCAGGGAUGCCAGAAGCGCUGCGACAAAUUUUCGUGGCCGCCUUCGCCACACUUCCUUACAACGUAAUCUGGAAGUGGGAAGGUAUGAACUUCAAAAAUCUGCCAUCGAACGUCAGGACGGCGGCUUGGUGGCCGCAGCAGGAGCUUCUUGGACAUCCUAAGCUACGAGCUUUCGUCAGCCAUGGAGGACUUUUGUCUCUGCACGAGGCGGCUUACCAUGGCGCGCCCACCCUCGUCUUGCCCGUGUUUUGCGAUCACGAUGGAAAUGCGGCUCAAGCUGAGAAAUUAGGCUACGCCAUGGUAAUGGACCUGGCCAGGAUAUCAAUAGGAAACCUUCGCGAAGGGAUUCUGAAGGUAGGGGCAGUGCACAACAAUUCGUACAGAACUGCAGCGAAAAAGAGGAGCUCAUUGUUACGAGAACUGCCAAUCAGUCCACGAAAAUUAGCCACCUGGUGGGUGGAACACGUCGCCAAGCACAAAGGCGCCGAACAUUUAAAGAGUUCAACAAGGUACAUGAGUGUCGUUCAUUAUUACUCCGUUGAUGUAAUAAUAUUUUACGUAAUUGCGUUGACACUGCUGGUGUACGGAUUGAAAAAGUUGUGUUGGAGGACGUUGUUUAAACAAGUUGGUAAAAAGAAGAUAGACUAGACUGUGGUGAUUUUAUUUUAUGAAUAUUUAUUACGUCACGCGUGUUGAACAGUGCAAAUUAAUUAUUAUAAAUGUACA